AUGAAGAUUGUCUUUUCGAGUCGCCGCAUGAUCUUGCUUUCCCCGAAAACACAUGAACAAACCACCAUUGAAGUGAACUCCCUCAAAGACAUGUUGUCGAUCCUUGAUGGAAAUCACGCCAUCUCUUACCGCUUUACAAACGAGUCCAUAAAUAUCUUCAUUGAUCCUCUUCUUCUCGCUAUUGGUGCCAAACUUUGGGUCGAUCUUCCUGUACUCAGCCCAUCAUUCCUUGACGACAGCGUGAAAUUGACCGGCCUCAUUGAAGUCCUUGUCGAAGUCGAACAUGAUUCCUUUCUUUUUCAAGUGAUUGAAGGUCCCUCGGAAGAAUUGCUCCGUGGAGUUGGGCUGGAAUGGUUGGCCUUUCGUGUUGUUUCUACCUGA